AUGACUUAUUUCAAGGGAGCGGAAUCGGUCUGCAAAAAUUUGCUACCGAUGUGUUGGCCGCCACCAAAAUUGAAACUUGUUUACAACGUACAAAAUCACGUCUCUGCAUUUUCUUACGGGUUGAUCACGUCCAUCAGUUCGCUGUACGUUGUCAUCUCAACAAUUGAUUACUUAAUCGCUUUCAUUAAAGCACCCGAGUUAUCAAAAUUGCUAAAUAAUUGGAAUGACAUUGAGGAUACCAUGCAAAAAAUGGGUUUUGGUCGGGAUAAAAUAAAAAUACAAUACUUUCUCCACUAUUUUAUUCCGUUCUUUGAACUCAUACCAACCCUGAUUUUUGCAAGCAUGGUAACCCUGUCGCGAUUUGAUGUCGGAUAUCCUAUUAAUUCCGUAUUAGCCAUACUCUACGGAUACCUGCCUCACACCUGUUACGCUGUGGAAGACUCACAGACGCUAAUUAUGCUGAAAUGUUUGCAAGUCGAGUUCCGACAGGUGCGCAGUUUUCUUGAGAAAAACUUGAACGAAGGACAAAACGAAGUACCGAUUCGAAAAAUUCACCUGAUUCUAGUUAAGUUGCGAUUACAAGCGAAACGUUGCGGUGAGUUUUUAGCACCUCAAGAACUCCUCUCGAUCUUCAUGACGAUGUAUUCCACGGGUGGGUCGUUCUUCAUCCUGGUGACCGUUUUAAGCGAUCGGUCUAUUGAAAAUAGCGUGGGGGAUUUAAUCAUGAUUGCGUUUACCUCAAUCUGGCCAUUGCUGGGGAUAAGUCGACUCGUCGCAAAAAUUUGGAUGGCAGUGACAAUAACGAAGGAGGAAAUGGAGAUUGCAUCUCUGCUGAAGAAUGAGGAAUUGCAGUCAAAACUUGGCACAUACGGAACCGAGUAUUUUUCGGAGCUACGUCAGGUUUACAACUUGUUGACAGCCAAUCCCACCGAGGUGUCCUUUAAUAAUUACGUGAAGUUGAACAACGCUUUGAUUUUGGGGGUCUUCCAGCAAAUCUUCACACUAUUCAUUAUUCUGAUGCAGUUUCGUUGACAUGCCUUGUCUUGAACUUGCGAUACAUACACCUCUUACUCUUAGAAAUUACUUAUACUUUACAUAGAUGCAAUAUGUCUGUUAUGCUUUAAUACAUGUACAUGUGUCAGAGCUAAUUGAAUUACGUAUGUAUGUGUACGCAAAAACCAUUGGCGAAAACCCAUUACAAAAUAAAAAUCGUAAAAUAAAAAUAGAAUUUCUAUACGAGAAAUUAAACAACUUACAUAUAUAUUUCAAAUUUGAACUUGUAGAUAUUUAGUUUCACUAGACCAGCUGUGGGGAAGAAAAGUAUGAGUGAGAUUUGACGGGUGCAUUGAUAUGGUGGUCGCGUAGUACAAAGGAGUACGUCUGGGGCUAUACCGGGAAAUGUUUCCUUCGAUGGAGACCGGGGUCACCAAAUUU